GCUCUUCUUCUUCUCCCCUGCACGGAACAAGAAGCCCAGCCACCGACACACACACCCCCUUGAGGAACCGUAAGAAAGCUUGAUUUUUCCCUUCUUUCUUGUUCAAGAACAAGAUUUAGACCUUAGAAAUCUUCCCCUCUACAGAAAAUCCCAGAUCUACUCUGUUCCUUCCUCUCUGUCCGCUGCUCUUGGCUAGUGUGGGUGUGAUUCUUCAAGUUUGUGAUCCCAAAAUUUUCCCUCAAUUCCCGCCGGAUUCCCCCAACCUGCAGCUCCGGUUUGCUUGCUGAAUUUUCUGGAAGUGAGACCUGAGGUACGAUUAACCAGGGGGAGUGACGAGCUAGACGGCUAGUUAGUAUUUUGGACUUAGAUCCUUUUUGGGCUUAGGUUGUUAGCCACACAUGCUUGUCAUAGAUAUGAAAUGAGAAAUCAUUUUUUGGUAUACUAAGUUUCCCUUGGUUAUAGCCAUGACUAUCUUAUAAACUUUUGUACAUCUGGACUAGCAAAUUUUUGGUAAUUGAAAGCUAAACGUUAACCGAGUUUUCAGAUUUAAGUUAUGUAAAUUGGUAAUUAUGAACACUGUAAGUUUCGAGCUUUGUGCAUUUGUGGGAUCUGUCCAUGAGUGUAUGGCGUUUGUUUCGCUCCUGGUUUUGGGACGUGACAAAUAUCCCCCAUGUCAAAAUCCAAGUCUCUACGAUCAGUAAGAAAUAACUUUACCAACUUGUUAUUUACUUGCUUCUGUUUUGCAUCUUCAAGUACAACAUGGAUUUUGGGUAAAAUAUUUCUCCACUUUGGUACCUCUUCAUCACGAAUUUGCCUAUGUGAAUGAUUUAGCAGCAACCCAACAAAAGAGAGAAAUUGGGAGGGAAAAUGUCCAGAUCCAGUGUUGAUGGAGGGAUAGAGAGAGAAAAAAAAUGAGAAGAUAAAAUUGCAAGUUUCAUUGAGAGCAACUACAGGUUUUGGGGCUAGAUUGGGUGUUGUUUGAGAGUUAACGGAAAGUGACGGAGAGUGAGUGUGUGUAACGGAGUGGCUUUAUUCAUGAAGCACCACUUUUAUUUUAGAACACACACAAUCCAUCCAUAAACAUGAAAAAAUGUCACAAUCACUCUCUUGUCCUACACUAGCUUUGUCCUUGAAUAUCCACUUUUAUUUUAUAACACACAAUCUAUCCAUCAACAAAAAAAAAAAAUGACACAAUUGCCUUCCUAGUCUUACCUUGGCUUCAUCCUUUAAUAGCUAUGUUUAUUUUAUAAUACAUAUAAUCCAUCCAU